AUGCAUCCGUUGGGACCAUACGAAGUCGGCGAACUGCGGAGCAUGGCAACAUCUGUGAUUUUGUGGACGGGGUGCCUGGCAUUAUUGAUCCACCUACUGCCGAAACUGUUUAAUUGGUUCCGAAUCUACUGGCACCUUCGGAAGCUUCCGUCACCAAGUGAACGGUUUCCUUUUUCGUUCGUGUUAGACAUGAGGAAUGAAAUGGCAGCGAUGGAGCCCGGGCUGACGAUACCUACAAAGAUGUACCAGUACUUUAAAAAGAAAUUCUAUGAUUAUAUCGAAUUCGACAUAAUGGUUUGUUUCUUUGGACCACAGCCAUUUGUGAUCCCAUGCUCUCCUGACGCAAUACAGCCAUUCUUGUCGCACAAAGAAAACUUAAACAAGUCUUUUCUCUACGACAUGAUGAGACCGUGGUUAGGAAAUGGGCUCUUGACGAGCGAGAAAAGUACAUGGAAAGUGAGGAGGAAGCUGCUUAACCCAGCAUUUCAUUCUCGAGUGGUCGUCGACUACACGCCGACCAUGAACAGACACGCUGCAGAAAUGGUCGCAAAGCUGGAGUCGCUCGAAGACAAGAACGUGGACAUAUUGCCCGUCAUGCGACGCACUGCGUUCGUCAUACUUUUUGAAACAGCAAUGGGAAUUUACCUGAACGAGGAGGAAAUCGCAAAGCACGGAUUUUUGGAGGUCAAUGACAAAAUGGCUGCCAGCAUUGUUUCAAGAAUGAUCAACCCCCUUGAGUGGCCAUCUUUGAUUUAUACUUUUAGUGCAGAAGGAAAGGCGUUUUAUAAGAACGUUGACUUUGUGAAGCAAUACACAAGAAAUGUCAUAAAGACUAGAAAACAAACUUACAAGGCUGGCUUGGAGGAUAAUUUCAAAAGGAGCAGCUUCAUGGACAUUAUCCUGAGGAUGCAUAUCGAGGAAGGGAUGUUCACAGAAGACGAGAUCAGAGAAGAAGUCAACACAUUUAUGAUUGGGGGCUUCGACACCACUGCUAAAGCUGCAGCAUUCGCCGUUCACCUGCUCGGGAACCAUCCGGAAGUCCAGGCCAAGGUUCACAAAGAGCUGGACAUUGUUUUUGGGAGCGACAGGGAAAGGCCGGUCACGGACGAGGACAUGAAGCAGCUUACGUAUUUGGAGUGUGUCAUAAAGGAAGCACUUCGCCUUUAUCCCCCUAUUCCAGUCAUUGCCAGGGACAUUGAUCAAGACGUGAAAACAGCUGGUUACUUGAUUCCUAGGGGAUCCGUUGCGGUUAUUCCCUUGAUCUUUCUUCAGAGACAUCCGAGGUAUUUCGAUAGGCCUGAAGACUUUGUUCCUGAAAGGUUUAUGGAGGCGCAAGAACGUCAUCCUUUUGCCUAUGUUCCUUUCUCUGCUGGCCCACGGAACUGUAUAGGAUUCAAGUUUGCACAGCUUGAAGACAAAAUCUUGCUGGCUCAUAUCAUGCGAAGCUUCAAGGUGGUGUCUAAGAUUCCCAUGGAGGACGUCCAACUGUCGCUGGAGUUAACUUUAAGGCCAGCGAAUGGUCUUGAGGUGACACUCAUUCCCAGAGCCGCACAAUGA